AUGACGAGUAACCCCGAAUUCGACGUCUCCCCGUCCGACGAGGGCAGUGUAUCGAGCUAUAUUAGACGACAACUGUUUUACACCCCGUCCAUCGUAACUGGUGUCAAACUUGAUGGAAAGACAGCCAUCGUCACCGGCUCCAGCUCAGGCAUUGGCCUCGAGACCUCCCGCCAGCUCCUCGACCUUGGUCUCACGAAGCUCAUCCUCGCCGUACGCAACGAACAAAAAGGCAACGCCGCCGUCUCCGAACUCUCCAGGGGCAGGUCCCUCCCCGAAAAUGCCAUCGAGGUAUGGCUACUCGACUACUCGUCGUACGACUCAAUAAUCGCGUUUACCCAACGUACAAGAUCACUCGAGCGAAUCGAUAUUGUUGUCCUAAACGCCGCUAUUAUGCCUGUCAAGCAGACUCUCAACCCUAAGACGGGCCACGAUGAGUCCGUCCAGGUCAACUACCUCGGCACGGCGUUGCUGACCAUCCUCAUGGCCGGCGUUAUCAAGGAUAAACCUGAAAGCCAGCCCGCCCGUAUCACCGUUACAGGAUCCGAUGUCGCCGCCUGGACGAAGUUCGCAGAGCAGGAUAACGAUCCACUCCUGCCUGCCCUCGAUAAGCCGGACGGCUGGAACUUUACCGACCGGCACUUUGUGACCAAGCUGCUCUACCAGCUGUUCCUUCACAAGUUGGAGCCUCUUGUUCCUGCAUCUGUUGCAGUCAUCAAUGUUGCAACCCCAGGCAUGGUACAUGACUCGGAGCUCGAUCGACACGCUGCAGUUGGUGUUUUGGGCAAGACUGUCGCUAUGUUCCAGCGCAGGAUCGGCUAUACCUCCUCGGUAGGCGCCCGUCACAUUACUGAUGCCGCUGUCAAGCACGGUUCAGAGUCACAUGGCCAGUAUCUGUCGCAGCAGCGUGUAAAACCUAUGGCGCCUUUGGUUUAUACAUAUAGUGGAGAGAAGGUCGCGGAACGCUUGUGGAAGGAGACCAUGGAGGAAUUUCAAUUUGCCAACGUUCAGGAAAUUCUCGCUAGUCUAAAGAAGUAA